AUGAAUAUUUCUUUUCGAGUUUUAUUUUUCUAUUUUUACAUUCUUUUCAAUGCUAUUCAAUGCAUUCAAACAACUCCCAGUGGUUAUUUGUUAGCAGUAUCAUAUGAUCCAACAUCAACCACAAAAGCUUUGUAUAAAAUUGAUCCAUUAACUGCAAAUUUUACUGUUUUCGUACCAUUGACAGAUUAUAAAGCAUACGAUGUUACUUAUGAUUUCAUUCAUAAAAUAUUUUACAUUUUUGGUAGUACAGGAUCAUCGCCGUCAGUGAUCAUAGUGAAUCCAUUGACUGGUACAACAAAGUAUCGAGAUAUUACUGUAGAAUCUGGUGGUGAAAUCUUUGGUUUACGUGUUGAUAGUAGUACAGGAAAACUAUAUUCAAUACAAAUGGAAGAUUUAGUUGAAAGUCUUCCUGUAGGUAUUGUUCAAAUCGAUCCAAGUAGUUUUAACACUAAACGAUGGGUAAAUAUAACUAAAGCCAAUGGUCUACAACCUGAUUCCAUGGCCUUCUUUUUUAAUUCAACCGCUCAUCAAUAUUUUGUACAAGUCGUGUAUGGCGCUGAUGAUUAUCUUGUUGGUAUCGAUGUCGUACAACGAAAAAUAAUCAGUGAAAUAACAAAUGCGCAAUUGCCAGAAUAUUUAUGUUAUGAUAAUAAAACGAAUGCUUAUUAUGGUAUGCAAGAAGUUGAAGGUAAACGUGCUUGUCGUUUAGUACGUUUAAAUCCUUAUAAUGGCACUUUGGACAUUUUAUCUCCUGAUUUUGAUGAUUAUCUAGCAUCGACUGGAAAUUGUUAUGAAGGGUAUUAUUUUACAAUGAUUGUUGAGGGUUUGAACAAUCAAAAUAUUGUUACAUUUGAUUUAAAUAAUAAUGGAAAAAUAAUAGCAAACAAUCCAGCAGAAGCCUAUUUAGAUGCAUUUGCCUUUGUUUCAAUUUAG